CCCCUCUGUCUCUCACCCACCGUACAGCCCACAGCAAGACAACCACAAUGACCGAAGCAGCCGCCAAGAUGCCGUAUGUCCGCCUCGGCAAGAGUGGCCUCAAAGUCUCCAAGAUCAUCCUCGGAUGCAUGUCGUACGGCUCGUCAGAGCACCAGGCGUGGAUCCUGGACGAGGCCGAGUCGAUCAAGCAUGUCGAGUAUGCCUACUCGCGCGGCAUCAACACGUUCGACACCGCAAACGUCUACUCGGACGGCCAGAGCGAGGUGGUCCUCGGCAAGGCGCUGCGCGCGCUAAACGUCGCGCGCGAGGCGUACGUCGUGCUGACGAAGGUCUACUUCCCCCUCGGCCGCUCCAAGACCUCCGACCUCAACACCCCCGCCCACGUCAACCAGCACGGCCUGAGCCGCAAGCACAUCUUCGCGAGCGUCAAGGCUAGUCUUGAGCGCCUGGGGCUCGAGUAUGUCGACGUGCUCCAGUGUCAUCGGUUCGACUACGACACGCCCAUCGAGGAGACGAUGCAGGCGCUGCACGACGUCGUGCAGGCCGGGCUCGCGCGGUACGUCGGCAUGUCGUCCUGCCACGCAUACCAGUUCCACCAGAUGCAGAACUACGCCAUCACGCACAACCUCACGCCGUUCGUGUCGAUGCAGAACUUUCACAACGCGGCGUACCGCGAGGAGGAGAGGGAGAUGGUGCCGACGCUGAAGAUCUUCGGCACAGGCAUGAUCCCCUGGUCGCCCCUCAUGCGCGGCUUCCUCGCCCGCCCGUGGGCCGCCGAGGAAACCACCCGCGUCAAGACAGACGCAAUGUACAAGGGCCGCGGGGUGCACCUCCCCGACGCGAGCCGCAAGGCCGUCAACGAGGUGGUCGAGGCUAUUGCCAAGCAGCGCGGCGUGUCCAUGGCGCAGGUCGCGCUCGCUUGGAGUAUUUCGAACGAGUUCGUCACUGCGCCGAUCGUGGGGUCGACUAGUCUUGACAAGCUUGCCGAGUUGAUUGACGCCGUCCACAUCAAGCUUACCCCCGAGGAGAAGAAGGCCAUCGACGAGGUCUACGAGCCGCGCAGCAUCGUGGGGCACCAGUAGGCGUGGCGGCGAGAGCCCAAGGUGCGCGAGUUAAGUCUGUCCGUACCACCGAUGC